CCGAAAUUGGUUAUCCUUGUAGGAUUACCUGGAAGUGGUAAGAGUCAUCUAGUCACAACUUUGAUGCAAGGGUUUCCAGAGCAUUUUGAGCGUAUUUCACAGGAUGAGUUAGGGUCACGCGCAGUCUGUGAGAGGCUACUGGCGCAGAAUAUGAGACGUCAGCAGCAAUCGCUUGCGGUCCGUGGGCCUGGCAAGGCUUUACCGAUGACCGUCUUUAUCGAUCGAUGCAACCCAACCAUGGCAGAACGGAAGGAAUGGUAUGAGCUCGCGUUCCAGCCCGAUGAGACGGCCAUGGUCUGGUUCUCGAGGAAUAUUGAGCAGUGUAUUAAACGUGUGGACUCGAGAGAAAACCAUCCAACCGUGGAAGCUGGAAAAGGGGACAAGGUCGUUCGUAGUUUUGCAAAAGGAUUUGAGUUUCCGAAU